AAUAUGGAGGGUGUAGAUAAGGUUAAGUCGGUGAAACUUAAAAAUUUAAAAGUAGUAAUUUUCAGAAGCAAAUUUUUUCCACAACAAUAUGCACCAAAGAAAAAAAAGGUCUUGAAUAAAAUUAUUGGUAGAGAGAAAAAAAGGUUAAAUAUUAGGAACAAUUUAAUGAAUUCAGAAGAUAAAGAAAAAAUAGUUGAAAAUGUUAGACAUACAUCAAAAAAGAGAAGCACAUUCCAAGAACAAGUUCCAUUUAUCAUUUUAGAAAGGCAUAAAUUGAAUAACAUGUUUUCAAAACUAAAACAAAAAGAGAAACAGGGUAACAAACAAAAACAAUUAUUAACUUGCUUGAAGAGCAUACAAUAUCCAAAAUCCAAUAUAUGGUCCAUUCCAAUCAAUAUAAUAAAUGCAAUUAAAGAUUCUCUCUUGACCAGAAACUGGAGUAAUAUAACUUAUUUAUUAUUACAACUGAUAAAUUGUCCAGAUAAUAAAUAUAGACCAAUAAUUAAAAAGGUGUAUCAAAUAAUGGAUAAACUGAAUCCACUAUUAGUUGAAAAUGAUUUACAAGGUGAAUAUAAAAAAAUAUUAGCAGCAAGAAUACAAAUUUUAGACAGUACCACAGUAGUAUAA